GAAGAGACAGGCAGGCUGAAGAUGAUGUGGGAUGGGACUGGUUCACUUAGCUGUCUCAGGAGAGAGAAUACGUAUGAAACCAGGUGUUGGUAAGUCUUCGUUAGUCCACUUGCUGUGUCAGAACCAGGUUCUGGGCAAUCCAUCUUGGACUGUUGGCUGUUCUGUCGACGUAAGGGUACACGACUACAGAGAAGGGACACCAGAGGAGAAGACGUACUACAUUGAAUUGUGGGAUGUUGGAGGAUCUGUGGGUAGCGCCAGCAGCGUGAAGAGCACUAGGGCAGUGUUCUACAACUCUGUCAAUGGCAUCAUCCUGGUCCAUGAUCUGACCAAUAAGAAGUCCUCUCAGAACCUGUACCGCUGGUCCCUCGAGGCCCUGAACAAAGACUCAUCGCCCACUGGUGUCAUCGUCUCCAACGGGGACUAUGAUCGGGAGCAGUUUGCGGAUAAUCCGGUUCCCCUGCUGCUCAUCGGUACCAAGUUUGACCAAAUCCCCGAGAACAAGCGCAACGAGGUUCUGACCAGAACGGCCUUCCUGUCUGAGGACUUUAACGCCGAGGAGAUCAACCUGGACUGCACUAACCCACGCUACCUGGCAGCUGGCUCAUCCAACGCAGUCAAGUUGAGUCGCUUCUUCGAUAAGGUUAUAGAGAAGAGAUAUUUUACUAAGGACCCAAGUCAGCAUCAUUCAGAUGAAUGCACAUUGCAUUGGAAGCAAAUUGCAGGCCUUUAUGUGAAGCGUGCAGUACGAACAUUGCCUCAUGAAAAUGAAUUCUGAAUACUGAAUUACUGACUCAGUGAAUGACUCGCAGGUUUCACAGACCGAAAGCGUUUCAACUUCAAGAGUCUGCACUACGACUGAGCCUGACUGCAAGACACACACACACACACACACACACAGGGGGCUGUGGUUUCCUCUACUGCUAGUUCAGCCAUUGCCAUCAGCCCUUCUGCCAUUUGCUCUCGUUUGGUCUCAGCUAGCCUCCUCAUUUCUUGUACAGACAGCUCAAAACAAACUAAAUAAAGCGUCUUAACACUUACACACUCUUACUUACACCUGCCUCGUGACCCGUGAAGUUCACAGGACUGGAUUCAUGGAUAUUCAGUUUCCCUUUGAUGACUGUUUACCAUAACCUAUAAUGUACCGUUUGCUACAUUAGCAAACAUAAUGUAUUUCUGUGGGUGUUUUAAGCCCCCAACGUCGUCUUCCAGGCAGCGCUGCAUGAAAGGCACUAGGGUUAGGCAAGGGUUAGGUGCCUUGAAGUCGACGGUCGCAGUGCUGCCUUGAAGUCGACAGUGGGGGUUUAAAACACCAGCGGGCAUUUCUGUGUCUGUUUCUGAUUCUAUUCCUGUUUCAUCUGAAGCACAGUAAAGAGAAUGCAGGAAACUGCUCCAAACCCU